AGGGCCUUUUGAGAAGGGAACCACAACUUUCCCAGCCAGGAUGCCCUUGCUUUGGCUGCGAGGAUUUCUGUUGGCGAGUUGCUGGAUUAUAGUGAGGAGUUCCCCCACCCCCGGAGCCGAGGGGCAGAGUGCAGCAGCCCCCGUGUGCCCCUCCUGUGCCCUGGCCUCCCUCCCCAAGGAUGGACCCAGCUCGCAGCCGGAGAUGGUGGAGGCCGUCAAGAAGCACAUUCUGAACAUGCUGCACUUGAAGAAGAGACCGGAGGUCAUCCAGCCGGUCCCCAAGGCGGCGCUCCUCAACGCCAUCCGCAAGCUCCAUGUGGGCAAGGUGGGGGAGAACGGGUACGUGGAGAUCGAGGACGACAUCGGCCGGCGGGCAGAGAUGAAUGAACUCAUGGAGCAGACCUCGGAGAUCAUCACGUUUGCCGAGUCAGGAACAGCCAAGAAGACACUGCACUUCGAGAUUUCCAAAGAGGGAAGUGACUUAUCGGUGGUGGAACGUGCUGAAGUCUGGCUUUUCUUAAAAGUCCCCAAGGCCAACAGGAAUAGGACCAAACUAACCAUCCACCUCUUUCAGCAGCAGAAACACCUCCAGAGAAGUGUGGACACAGGGGAGGAGGAUGGGGGCUUCAUGGAGGGGAGGAGUGAACAGUUGAUAUCGGAGAAGGUGGUGGAUGCUCGGAAAAGCACUUGGCACAUCUUCCCCGUGUCCAACAGUAUCCAGAGGUUACUGGACCAGGGCAAAAGCUCCCUGGAUGUUCGGAUUGCCUGUGAGCAAUGCCACGAGACUGGUGCCAGCCUAGUCCUCCUGGGAAAGAAGAAGAAGAAAGAGGAGGAAGGGGAAGGCAAGAAGAAGGACAGAAAGGAUGGAGAAGGAGGGGCAGGAGGAGACGAGGAGAAGGAGCAAUCCCACCGGCCAUUCCUCAUGCUUCAGGCCCGGCAAUCCGAAGACCACCCUCAUCAUCGCCGCCGGCGGGGCUUGGAGUGUGAUGGCCGUGUCAACAUCUGCUGUAAGAAACAGUUCUAUGUCAGCUUCAAGGACAUUGGCUGGAAUGACUGGAUCAUUGCUCCCUCGGGUUACCAUGCCAACUACUGCGAGGGUGAGUGCCCGAGUCACAUAGCAGGCACGUCAGGUUCCUCCCUCUCCUUCCACUCCACAGUCAUCAACCACUACCGCAUGCGGGGUCACAGCCCCUUCGCCAACCUCAAGUCAUGCUGUGUGCCCACCAAGCUGAGACCCAUGUCCAUGCUGUACUAUGAUGACGGGCAAAACAUCAUCAAAAAGGAUAUUCAGAACAUGAUAGUGGAGGAGUGUGGGUGCUCAUAG